AUGGGUAUGUUGGGGAUUGUUAUCCGAGCUAACUGUCUAUUCUUGCUAUCAUUUUUGGUGUGCUCUACCCCUCCGGAGGACCACAUCAAGUGUUCAUCGUCAAACACAAACUGCACGAUCACAAACUCCUACGGCAUCUUCCCGGAUCGAACUGUCUGUAAAGCGACUAGUGUAUCAUACCCUAGUACGGAAGAAGAACUCAUUAAGGUGGUGGCUAAUGCAACCAAGAACAAGCAGAGCAUGAAAGUGGCGACUCGCUACUCCCACAGCAUUCCCAAACUGGUUUGCCCGCGCGGCGAAGACGGGCUGAUCAUAAGCACCAACAACCUCAACCGUGUGGUGAAGGUCGACGUUGAAGGGAUGAAGAUGACGGUGGAGAGUGGCGUAACGCUUAGGCAGGUGAUCAGUGAGGCUGCCAAGGUUGCCUUGGCGUUGCCUUACGCACCUUAUUGGUGGGGGCUGACUGUUGGUGGCUUAUUAGGGACUGGUGCACAUGGAAGCACACUAUGGGGUAAGGGAAGCUCGGUUCAUGAUUAUGUGGUGGGACUUAGGAUUGUGAGUCCAGGAGAGCCCGAAGAUGGCUAUGUCAAGGUGAGAGAUAUCGGUGAAGGUGAUAAAGAUCUUAAUGCAGCUAAGGUUUCACUUGGAGUCUUAGGAGUAAUAUCACAGGUUACUCUAAAUCUACAACCCAUGUUCAAGAGGUCCAUCACAUAUUUGAGCAAAAAUGAUUCUGACUUGGGUGAUCAAGUGCUUAAGUUUGGCAAGCAACAUGAGUUUGCAGACAUACUAUGGUAUCCUAGCCAGCGCAAGGCAAUUUACAGAGUAGAUGAUCGUGUCUCCUCAAACACAUCCGGACAAGGUUUAUACGAUUUCCUUCCUUUUCGAGCAACACCUUCACUUGCACUAGCAGUUUUAAGAACGGCAGAGGAGAACCAAGAAUCCAAAAGUGAUGCUGAUGGAAAAUGCUCUGGUGCAAAGUUGAUCACAUCAGGGCUUAUAUCCACUGCUUAUGGUUUGACAAACAAUGGUAAAAUUUUUACUGGAUAUCCUGUUAUUGGAUAUCAGAACCGGCUUCAGGCAUCUGGAACUUGCCUUGAUAGUCAUGAAGAUUCAAGAAUCACGGUAUGCGCCUGGGACUCAAGGAUUAAGGGUGAGUUUUUUCAUCAAACAACCUUCAGCAUCAGCUUAUCCGUGGCCAAAAGCUUCAUUCAAGACGUGCAGAAGCUAGUUGAGAUUGAACCUAAAUCCCUCUGCGGAGUAGAAAUCUACAAUGGAAUCUUAAUGCGCUAUGUCACCGCAUCAACUGCUUACCUUGGCAAACAAGAAGAUGCAAUUGACUUCGACAUUACGUAUUACCGAAGCAAGGACCCCAUGACGCCUAGGCUCCAUGAAGGCAUACUUGAAGAAAUAGAGCAAUUGGCAAUGUUCAAGUACGGGGCACUUCCACAUUGGGGAAAGAAUAGGAACAUAGCCUUUGAUGGGGUGAUGAAGAAGUAUAAAAAAGGCAAGGAGUUCUUGAGGGUUAAGGACGUGUAUGACCCGAUGGGGCUAUUCUCAAGCGAAUGGAGUGACCAGGUCCUUGGUAUUAAGGGUGAGGUGAACUUAGUCAAGGAAGGGUGCGCACUAGAAGGGUUGUGCAUUUGCUCACAAGACAUUCAUUGUGCCCCAAGCAAGGGCUAUUUCUGUAGACCUGGCAAAGUGUUUAGCGAUGCAAGGAUCUGUGCUCCUUAA